CACAAGCACGCUGUCGAAAUACUCGGGAUAGAAACCAUGGUCAUGAGAUUCCGUGAGUGGCUCAGGGACGAAGACAUAGUCGAUGAACAUCUCUUAUCUGACCUCAAGGCGAUUGAGGCGUUCGGAAUGAAUCGCGACGCUGUCGGCUGCGCCUUUUGCGACGGCAAAGUAUACCGGUCCAUUGCCCUGGCCCUGAACCGUCAAUACAGACUCACUCGUGGCACAGACAAAGGCUUGAUGGAUUGCCUUGUUUUCGAGAGGGGUCUUGGAACGAUCGCCCGCAUGGGACUGUGUGUCCAACACUCCAUAUGUCGUCUGACCGAAACUCUUCAGGGUGGAAUGCUGGUGCUUGCGCUUAUGGCUGUAGGGAUCGAAAUCCGCUUACGGUCAGAGUGGGACGUGGAGGAGCAAUUCCAGGUAGACCCGCUAUUGGACGACGCCGGGUACUUUCUGUAUAUCAAGGAUCUCCUCCACCCUGUCGAAUGCAAGGAGCCCCACUGCUACCGCGAAAAGACCGACGAGUUCAUGGGCAUCUUCAAGCCCAGGCUCGAGGCAAUGUGGAUACCGUUCAAGACGACCAUCCUCAUAAUGGCUGACCGCUUCUGUGCGCCCGACGUCAUCCGCCGCAUGAUCAAUCUCUGGGAUCGACUGUGUAACCUCAUGCAUACUACGGAGGACAGCGUGCGCCUGAAGCGGAUGAAAGAAGGUCUCUGCUUGAACUGGAUGUGCGAGAAAUAUGAUUAUAAGAAUCCUUACUCCGGGGCAAGGAAGACGAAGGGGUGCUCGAGGUGCAAGCUGGCUAAGUACUGCUCGGUAGAGUGCCAGAAGCAAGAUUGGGCGACUCACAGGGAAGAGUGCAAUCCUUUGUCCUUGCUUGCGGAGUAGCGCCUGGAUUAGAGCAAAGUGUAUCAUUGAAUUGACUACUGGUCU